GCGUCACAGACGUUGCAACGGACAACGGCCUGGGAAAGGGUGGGAGCGGCGCUCGAGCCUCGGCGGUUCUCCCGGAGCCACUCGGGGCGGAGGCGCAGGUUGCUGCUCGGCUGACGGCGCCCGGGACGCGGGAGCGGGGAAGGCGAGAGAGCGGAGCGGCCCCACCGCCACCUGGCCUGAAGAGACACCAGCCUCCUCGCUGGGCCUGAGCCUCCAGGGCCUGAAGAAGGCAGACAUGGCAUCGUCCUCCCAGCGCAAACGGGCCAGCCCCAAGCCCGAGCUGACCAAGGAGCAGAUCCAGGAGAUCCGGCAGGCCUUCGACCUCUUCGACACGGACGCCACCGGCACCAUCGACGUCAAGGAGCUGAAGGUGGCCAUGCGGGCGCUGGGCUUCGAGCCCAAGAAGGAGGAGAUCAAGAAGAUGAUCGGCGACAUCGACAAGGAGGGCACGGGGAAGAUGAACUUCAACGACUUCCUGACGGUGAUGACGCAGAAGAUGUGCGAGAAGGACACCAAGGAGGAGAUCCUGAAGGCCUUCAAGCUGUUCGACGACGACGAGACCGGCACCAUCUCCUUCAGCAACCUCAAGCGCGUGGCCAAGGAGCUGGGCGAGAACCUGACGGACGAGGAGCUGCAGGAGAUGAUCGACGAGGCCGACCGCGACGGGGACGGCGAGGUGAGCGAGCAGGAGUUCCUGCGCAUCAUGAAGAAGACGAGCCUCUACUGAGCGCCGCUCCCUCCUGCGGCCGUCCGGGAAACCAGGUCCGAGGGCACAGAUGUUUCCCCACCGACCUCCCUGUGUGACUUUAGUGACAGCCUCACACUUAUUUUCAACGUUUGCAAGUUUUCUUCAACAAAAAAAAGUUCCUUGUGAGACGACCAGCCUGCUGCUUCCUUUAAUUCUCUACACGGAACAGGAGCCGUGGGGCUGUGGCCGCCGUCCUGCCUGAUCGCCUCGCUCCGCCGCGCAGCCCGUGGGCCCCCAGAGACUCCGCCGGCAGCGCUGCUGUGACUCUGUCACCACCACCAGCGCAUCUCCCCGUGGUUCUGGUUUGAACUGACCCUGAGUGCAGCUUUCUCUUUUAAAAGGUCCAAUGAACUCUCUCACUUCCACUUGGAUGUGUUUUUCCUAUCUGUUUUGUGUUAAAAUAAAGCCUAAGAAAAAAGUUCCCCUUGCAAGUAGAGUAUUUA